AUGAUCGACGAGCGGGUCGCUGCUGCUCAGAGGAAGUUGCGUGUUGGUAGCGCUCACACAGCAGACCAUGAUAAGAUUGAGGAGCAGCGAAAAUGGCUUGACACAGAGGUUGAGAAGGUGCUCCAGAGGAAGAAAAAGAUGAAAGAAUUAGAAGAGGAGCUGAAGAAACGUGAAAUGAAUCUUGCCAAGAAAGAACUGAUGUUAAGAGAGAGAGGUGAACUAGAGAUAAAGAAACUUAGAUCAAGCCAGUCAAUAUCAAGGGAUAUGACUGGUUUGGUAUCACAGUUGCAGUCCGUGGAGAGAGAGAUUGAGGAGAAGAGCAACACGCUGAGAGUGAGUUUAGAUGCUCAGAAACCAGUGAUAGGCAAAGAGAUACUGGGAUUCAAGGCUGAAAGAGAGAGGCUUCUUCAACAGAGGGUCCAGCUUGAUGAAAAACUUCAACAUGGAACACUGCUAUCAGCUACGGAAGAGAGAAGAUUGAUAGAGUUAGAUGAAGGUGUAGAAGCACUAGAAGCAGCUAUUGAAUAUAAGAAUGACAUCAUAUCAACAAAGAAGAAAGAAUUACGGAAGAACGACCUUACACAAAGUGAAGCGAUGUUAAUGAGUCGUCUGAACAGUCUUGCCCCUAAUGAGACCAAGAGCCUUCUUGCCAAAUACUUUGAAAAGGUCAUUGACCUUAGAGAAGGAGACAGAAGAAAGGAGUUAGAAAUCAGUGAAUUAGAGAUGAAGUUAGAUGAGAGGGAGAGGGUGAUACGAACAUUGGAGGGCUCCCUCAGGAGUGCAGGGAUGGAGAGUGAGCAGAGAUUGAUAGAACAACAGAAGGAUUAUGAAAAGAAGGUCCAGGUGCUGAUGAGAGAAUUACAAGGAGAAGGAGGCGGAGGAGGAGAUGGAGGGUUUGCUGUAGAACACAAGCUGAAGGAACUGGAAAAGGAUCUGUUUUACUACAAGAAGACAAGUAGAGAAUUGAAGAAGAAACUGAGAGAUUUUGUACAGGCCAGUACCAGUUCAAGUAAUGGACAUGAAGAUGCUAAAGGACACCAAAGUGCUCGUGGGAUACCAGCGCAUGGAGGAGACGCUAUACCGAGGGAGGCCACGCCCGUAAGGAAGUCAAGGAGAGAGGUCCGUGAGCUGAGUGAAGCUGAAGUUUCCCUCAGAAAAUCAUCAGCAAGUCAGCGGUCGUCCAUGAUAGUUGAUUCAAUUGAGAGUGGAGCCAGUCAUGGAAACAAUCCAUGGAAUUAGAGUGAUGUGCCUUCUUAAUUCUAAAGCAAUGUGAGGUGCUCAUCUUAUCUUCAUUAGAUUAAACCCAUUGGAUACUGGAACCCGAGCAGUCCCCACAAAAAGUCUCUGGGAUUCACAAGAUUGAAUAGCAAAUAGGUUAAUCCAUUGCCAACUGAUCCCUGUACAAAGGGUAUGGGAAUCAGAAUUCAGGAGUCAACAGGUUAAUCCAUUGCCAACCCCUCACAAAAGUCUAUGGGAAUCACAGACGUCAGUUGUAUGUGGGUUAAGCAAUGAUACCGCUUUGAAUUUAAAAGAAGGAAUUCUGGCUCAAAAAUUAGCGACGGUACCUUGAUGCAGAAAAUUGCCAAAUCAACAAUGGGUGAUUUCAAAUCCGGUGUUGGCCUUGGUGUUGGUGUUUGUGCUGAAAUUUGGAUUGCUUCCCCUAGCUCCAGAACUUAUUCAGAGUUUGUAAAACUGAUCCAGAUCACAUUAUUGACAUCUCAACAACUAGUGAGUGACUUUUCGGGACCAUCUUCAUUUUAUGUUUGGUGUUUUAAUCGUGUAAAAAUUGACCUAACACCAACACCAAAAGGUCAACACUGAACUUGAAAUCACCCAAUGUGUAUGGGGGUACACAAUAAUGUAGGAGUGAGAAUCAUUUUGGAGACAAAUAUUAGCACCUAGUGCUAUAGCAAAAUGCCUGAUGUGUGAGCCUUGACAUAAAUAUGAAAGCUUUCUUUGUUAAAAGCAGGAAGCACUAUCAUUCCUAUGCUUUGAAUUUAAAAAGGCGAUGUGUAGGGUAGUGGUCAGUGCUUGAUAUGGAGUCCAUUUUUUGUUGGCAUCCUCUUUGAAUGUAAUGGUGCUAUGUGUAUAAAGUAAUUGCUCUUUGAUGUUCUUGUAUAAACAACCCCUGGUCAGUAGCUCAGCCUGCCCAAUUGUCUUACAGACUCUGCUUUCACAGAAUACUAGAAAUAAUACCUAGCGCCUAGAUUGAAAGUGUGUGAAGUACUGUAUCAUUUGGUCGUGAAUGAACAUAAUAAUCCAUCAAAUGUUCACAUAGAAAAUACUCAUGUCAUGCCAUUCAUAAACAAAUUGGCCCGUAUUCUGAAGUUGGGUUUAAUUUAAACUCUGGUUUUAAGUUGUGGUUUAACUAUGGAAAGCCAGUUGUUACAUAAAUCUCUACGAGAAGAGGUUCAAUGUAUCAGCUCAUUUGACUUCCAAAACAUUAUUAACUGCCUGGGAAGGAUAAGUAUGACAGUUGUCUUCACCAUUAAAUAAUUAGUGAAGAGCACAGUUAACAUGAGAAGCAUUCACUGUAAACAAAAUUUUGAAAUGUUUGGCUUCCCAUAAUUUUAGCAUAGAGUUAGACCAUGGUCUAAAUUAAACCUGACUUCAGAAUACGGGCCAUUUUGUUUAUGUACCUAGUUUUUGAAGCCUACAUGUAUAUAUGUAUCUUUGAAUUUGGUAUAUCCUCCCAAAAGUGCAUAUCACCAUCCCAUUUCAUUACUAGAUUAUAUUAAUUGGUUGUGGUGUGAAGGAUAUAAACUAAAAAUGUGUUUUAUUGGAUAAAUUGACAAAUUUUACAUCAGAAUAUCAUUUGAACAGGUGCCCAAUCAACAUAUGAUAUCUGCAUAUUUGUCGUGUUUGUAAUAAACACCUCAAGCACGGAAUGGGCUGAAAAUUUCAGGAUGUAAUAUUUGCCAGUCGCUUUUUAAUAUGCAGUUACUAAAUAUGUAAAGAAAUCACCCAAACAGCUAUAUUG